AUGCCCUCUCGCCGAGACACGCCGGAAUCCCGUGGACAGCCCGGUCACCCUCAGAGUCAACAGCAAAUCCAAGAUGAUACCAAACCUUGGACUCGCAUCCAGAGGUUCUUCGAGAUGCCGACACAAAUGGGACUGAAGGAACUGAAUAUCGGUCUUGGAUGGCCAGUGAUGAUACUGCUACUUCUGGCUGGUGCUGCAAAGAUAUUUCAUUGGAAUCCGAUUAUAGUCCUCGUGGUGAAUAUUGUCGCCAUUAUCUUCUCAUCCGAGGCGAUAUCUAUCUCAUCGGAUGAACUCGCUGCUCAUCUCGGAGAACUGCAAGGUGCCUUGCUCAGUGCUACAUUCGGAAACACCGUAGAGCUUACGGCGGGCAUUCUGGCUCUGGUUCAUGAUGAGAUCGUAUUUGCGCAGUCCAUCAUGGUUGGCAGUAUUCUGUCAGAUAUUCUACUUGUCUUCGGCUGCUGCCUUGUGACAGCUUCAUACAGCAAGGAAAUUCUAGAGUUCAAUGGCGCCCUCGCAAAGACCUUGUCCUCCUUGAUGAUGAUCACAGCUGUGACGAUGCUUCUUCCAACGGCUCUCUACUCAACCUUCCCCGUAUCCGAGAUUGAUGGGAGAGUGCUAUCCUUCUCACGAGGAACAUCACUGGUACUCCUCGUGCUCUAUGGGGCCUACCUCAUCUUCUACCUUGGGACGCACAAACACCUAUUCCUUUCAGAUGAGAGAGAAAAUAGUGAUGGUGAAAAUGACGGUGAUCCAUCACCCCCCACCCGACCCAGGUUAGCUUCAUCAAUCAUCCGAUUGAUAACAGCCGUGGCCGCAACAGUCCUUUGUACGGAACUACUGCUUGAAAGCACCCAUGACAUGGCAAAGACGCUCGGAGUCUCCGAAGUAUUUAUUGCGAUUGUGUUCCUCCCAAUCGCUAGCAAUAGUACCGAGGGAAUUACUGUCAUUACCGCAUCUCGCACCGGAGACACAGACUCUGCAAUCCGAGUUAUCAUUGACAGUCUCUUGCAGAUUGGUCUGUUUGUCAUACCAUUCUUGGUGGUUAUUGGCUGGUGCAUUGCUGAACCGAUGUCGCUUUUCUUUGACUCGUUCCAGACUAUUGCCAUGUUUUUGGCCAUUCUGGUGGUUAAUCAUCUACUUCGUGAUGGACAGUACGCUUACAUCCAUGGUGCGAUGCUGCUUGCUCUGUACUCUAGUCUGGUUGUGGCCUUCUAUGCACGCUAG